CUACCCUCUCCUCUGUACUCCGUAGCGGGUUGCCCAGAAGCCAUGUACAACAUGACAUGUCCCACGACAUUGCUUCUAGAGACCCUGGACUUGUUGCAGCAAGCUUCUUACCAAUGCUCUAAAUUAUACCAAAUAAUGUUCCGGAGUGUUCCCUCUAAUCCUGAGACAACAACCAGGAACGUUGCCAUCGGGCCAUCGAUGAUCCGCAGUGAAUUUCCGGAUCCGGCAGAGCAUCUAGUGCCGUUCCUGAUGAACUCCAGAUGAGCGGCGAUAAUAACUACCACUUUCUAGCAUGCUCUGAUCCAAGGACCGUUUCUUCAUCAACGUUCAAUAGCUCAGCAACUGGUCGCUGGGGGCGCGCAGUUCCGCCAUGCAGUUUGCCCUACCUCCUCGGAAGAAUGCCCAUAUUCUUCCCUACGCCCGCUCUCCCCGGAUUUCGUUCCAGCGCAGGAAACAACUCAAAGCGGCCGCGAUCCUAGGCUUCGCCCUUGUCCUUGUCUUCUUUCUUCUAUCGCAGUUCUUCACCUCGAGUACCGGGACGACGGCCGUUCCGGCUGGCACCCCGAGCGUCGUCAUCGUCACCCUACUAGACCGCGCGCUCUUCAGCAGCGAGUACAUCCAGAAGAUCGUCAAGAACAGAGAAGACUACGCCAAGCGACAUGGCUACGUGAACUUCUUCGCCAACCUCUCCGACUACGAGACCUCGCUCGACCAUGCGCCGCGAAGCUGGGGCGUCGUCCCCGCCGUCCGCCACGCGAUGGCCACCCAUCCGCACUCGAACUACUUCUUCCACCUAGACGCUCACGCGCUAUUCAUGAAUCCGACCAAGUCGCUCGAAUCCAGCCUCCUUGACAACCGCCGGCUCGAGGCCCUCAUGCGCAAAGACGUCCCCGUCGUGCCGCCCGACAGCAUCAUCAAGACCUUCUCGCACCUCAAGCCCCAGGACAUUGACUUGAUUGUUAGCACGGAUAACGAGGACCUCAGCGCAGGGAGCUUCGUGGUUAAACAGGGGGAUUUUGCGCGCUUCUUCCUUGAUUUCUGGUUCGAUCCGUUGUAUCGCGGUUAUAACUUUGCGAAGGCGGAGAUACAUGCUUUGGAUCAUAUCGUCCAAUGGCACCCUACUGUCCUGGCCCGGCUGGCCUUGAUCCCCCAGCGUGUCAUCAACUCUUAUAGUAAAGACUCCUCCGGCGCGGCCGUGGAUGGAACAUACAAGGAAGGGGAUCUAGUCCUCCGAUUCUUUGGGUGCGACACGGAUCCGAAACGAAACUGUGAGAAGGAGAUGGAACCCUAUUACCAUCUGUGGGCGAAGAACUUGAAACCCGAGUGAGCUAUGGAUAGUAUUCUGGUGUUCUUGGCUCGUGCCGACUUUAUGACUUGUAAGACAUUGUGUGUUUUCUAUUUAAUUGCUGGUUGUUCCCCUUGCGACGUCGGGUGGAGGUUUCCAUGUUUUGGAGUUCACUGGGAAAUGAACAGGGUGGAACGAGCUACUUUCCUUCUUGUUAUCUUUGACUUUGGUGUUUUGGGAGCUUCUAGGGGGUUACGAAACGAGUUUCAUAUAGAGUAUUGUUAGUCUGCGGCAUAGU